AUGGAGGACCACGAGACUCCUGAAGACCUGAAAGACCCUACAUACAACGGACGCUCAGCCUCAAAGAUCGAGCGACGCACCAGACUUGAGGAUGAAAUCGACGAAGCCUGCGAGUGGCUUGAAGACGAGCCUCCCAUCCACAAAGUAGUGGAGAGUUUCUACAAAAGAUUCCUACAAUUGAAUGUCAAUUUGAGGGCUGCGAUUGGUUGGAAGACGGAGAUACUGAAGCAGAAGGGCUGUCGGUUCCGAUUUGGAGACUUUGAGAUUGGCGGACCGCAGAAGAAGGCAAGCCUGUGCGAGCUACGCGAAAAGUUCAAAGGCCUCAGGUUUCCGGAUAUGGUCUUCUUGGCGCAUGAUAUGCAUAGUGACUCUGAAUUCCCAACGAUCAUCCCUGACAUCAGCUCACCUGAUCUCUCACUUUCCAGCCAGAUACCACCCCCAGAUCAGAAGUUGACUAGACAGCUCCACGUCUCGCCAGACCAGCAUUACACCUGCUUCGCCCCUCUCAUCGACAAAGUCAAAGCCAAAGACGAAGGCGACGAGGUCCUCAACUUUGUUUACGGGUUGCAUCUUCUCAUAGGAUAUGUUGCCUGCGCUUGUGAUACCUGCGCUUCCCGUCUUGGUGUGUAUCAUCAUUACGGCAACAAGAUCGGACGACUGCUCUGUCUCGAUAACUGCCUUUCGCAGAGAGGGCUCUUCGACGAGUCGGUGGCGCUCAAGCUUUCGACCCUUUCCUCCGAAGCCCCAGGACAGGACCACUGGGAACAUCAACAAGGAUGGGCAAAAGAGGACACUGGAGCAAGAUUCAGGCGUGUCGAAAAGGAGAAGGGCGGGGAAGAGGACGACGAGAGAUGCGGCGACGGUGACGAUCGGCAGGGCGAGACCGACAAAGAACAACGAAGCAGACGUACAACCGGACCUGGAGAACACGAUGGCCUUGAAGAUGAAGAAUCGGACUAUGACAGCAGCGACGACCGGUUGGACGCCUAUAUCAUAGAGGAAAGGAUUGCGAAGGAAGAGGCAGAGACGGUGGAGGCGGUCAUAGACCAGUACAUGGAGAGGUUCAAGAAGGAGUAUGUGUUGGUUUCUCUGGGCGGUUUCGGAUCGGUUGUUGGAGAAGUUCGGGGAAGGGAGCGCGAAGAUGGGUGA